UCGGUGUUAGAACUGCAUCGGAUAUGUGCCAGAAAUAUUCUAGAAAUAUGAUUAUACUAUGGCUAGUUGCAUUGGGAACUGCACUAUGCGUGGCGAGUGAUGAAUUCCGUAGUCUCAUCCACGAAGGAGAUCUCAAAAUAUCUGAUGAUGAAUAUACCAAGUACAUCAUACCAUCUGGUUAUCCUCCACACAAAUUUCAAAAACAACCAAAACUUUUUUUAGAAGACUUCAUCAAUCAAGACAAUGAAUAUUACAAAGUACUGAGCCGGCAUGUGGAAGCUGGUCAUACUAUGAAGGGACUUACAUUUAAUAUAUAUGACGACAAUAUGAGGGAAGCCACCAUUGCAUUAUUUCGCCUAUUGCAGUACUCUGAAGAAGACAAAAUUGACAGCAUAAAAGAAUGGGCCUCUCAGACUAUCAACAGUGAUAUGUUUAAUUAUGCAUUGAUCCUGACAUCGUUGUUUAGAGUCGAUGUACUCAAAGAACUUGAACCUCCUUUUAUAACAAAGCCUUAUUACUUUGUUAACAGUGAAACCAUUAGGAAAGCGUUUAAACUAAAAGUUAAUAACGGCAAAUUCAAUCCACAAGAGGCACAAGUACAACAAUUUUAUAGAACAAAUGAUUUAAUAUCAAUCAACACGAACUAUUCAAGCUGGAACCUGUGGAAUAAUGAGUGCAGAGACAAUUUAGAUUAUUUCAGAGAAGAUAUAGGUCUCAAUAGUUACUAUUUUGGGGUCCAUAUCCUUUAUCCGUUUUGGAUGAACAACGAUGAGUUGACUGGAAUUGAUUCAAAUUAUGCUGAAAAAUAUUACUUUAUUCAUCAACAAUUAAUAGCAAGAUAUAAUUUAGAAAAAGAGCAUCUUAAAUAUCUCAAUGUCUCCGACCAAAGUAAAUGCUAUGAUGAUUUUACACCACAUCUGUCUUAUGAGAAUGGGCUGUCAUUUCCAACAAGAACUAAUAUUCGUAGAGAAUGGAGUGAGGACUAUGGCCGCAUAAAGUCAAUCGAUAUUGCUAUCAAAGAAUGCAUCACAAGAGGUUUAAUAUUUAUGGACAACGGAACGAAGAUUUAUCUUAACGAAGACAAUUAUGUUGAUCUACUUGCAAAGCUAAUUCGAGCUAACUUUGAGGGCACACAAACAGCUAAAAUACUAAGAUCCCUAUUUGGAUACGGAGGCGAUGGUUAUCCGAGUGACAGAUAUAAUCCUGCCCCAUCAGUUUUACACCAUCCGCAAACAUCUUUGCGUGACCCGAUAUAUUGGUAUUUGAUCCAAAGUUUAUUGAAAUACUUUGAAGAGUUUUCAAAGACAUUAGAACCUUACAACUUUUCUAAAUAUCAAAGUGAUGAAUACAAUAUUAUUGACAAUACUUUUACAAAAAUUACUACGUAUUACGAAUUCUAUCAAUUUAAUAUUGGCAAUAUUUUUAAUAGUGAUAAUUAUGAUUUAAGAAGUUCGUCCUUGACAUAUGCUGCCAGACAAAAAAGACUUAAACAUACUCCAAUAAGUUUUUCUUUUACAAUAGAUGCCAAAUCUAAUAAAACGUCAUUGAUUAAACUAUUUUUAGGCCCAAGGUGCCAUGCUCUAAAUUGUUUUGAUGAAUUUUCUAGAUUCUUUGAAUUAGAUUCAUUCACUUAUGAACUUGAUGAAGGUUUAAAUAUUGUAAGAUGGUCACCUGAGUAUACGGGUAAAUUUUCAUUUGAUGAUUUAUUUAACUUAGAAUUAAAAUCAGUAAGAAAAAAUAAAUAUUGCUUAUUCAGAUUUCCUGAAAAUAUGAUUAUUCCGAGAGGUUUGGAACAAGGUUUAAAUUUAACAUUAUUCAUUUUAGUAACACCUAUCGAUGAGAAUAGUGAUUUUGAAUAUCUUUCAAAUCCAUUAGGAUUCCCCUUCCACAGAAAAGCAUUAGUUAAUAACUUUUUCGAUUUUAAUAAUUACAAAUUCUUUAAUAUUACAAUUUAUCACAAAGAAAAUUCGAAACACGCUAAUGGAUACUUUUCAUCUCAUCUCAACUAAUAUUAUUUUUUAUGCAGUUUACAUUCAAUUUUUUUUUUUUUUGGAAAAGGAUAAAACGAUAGAAUGAUUCAUUUGUACUAUUUAUGCAGUUGAUACAUUUAUGCACACAUUUAUUUUUUUGGAAAAAAUUGGAUGAAAUAAUAAAAUGAUUUAUUUA